UUCGGUCAGUCAGCGAACAACUGUGGAACGGUCAAGAUGUCCAGCAAAAUUCCCUACGUGAAGCACAACAACGGCACCCAAAUCCAGUCCAUCGGACUGGGCACCUAUACGUCGCUUGGAGGCGAUUGCGAGCGGGCCACGCUGCAUGCGAUUGAUGUGGGCUACCGGCACAUAGACACCGCCUACUUCUACGAGAACGAGAAUGAGGUGGGUGCAGCUGUCCAGCGGAAGAUUGCCGAGGGCGUCAUCAAGCGGGAGGACAUCCAUAUCACCACCAAGUUAUGGUGCCACUUCCAUGAGCCGGAGAGGGUGGAGUAUGCUUGCCGCAAGACUCUGCAGAACUUUGGACUGCAGUACGUGGAUCUCUAUUUGAUGCACUGGCCCUACUCCUACGUCUACCGCGGCGACAACGAGAUGAUGCCCACCGAUGCCAAGGGAGAGGUGGAACUCAACGAUAUCGAUUACCUGGACACCUGGCGUGCCAUGGAGAAGCUCGUGGAACUGGGCCUGACCAAGAGCAUCGGUGUAUCCAAUUUCAACUCGGAACAGUUGACUCGCUUGCUGGCCAACUGCAAGAUUAAGCCAAUCCACAAUCAGAUCGAGUGUCAUCCUGCGCUCAACCAGAAGAAAUUGAUUGCUCUGUGCAAGAAGAAUGACAUUGUGGUGACCGCCUACUGUCCCCUGGGAAGACCCAAUCCAGCAGAGAAGACGCCCAACUACAUCUAUGAUGCCAAGGUGCAGGCCAUUGGAGACAAGUACAAGAAGUCCACCGCCCAAGUGGUGCUCCGAUAUCUGAUUGAGAUUGGAACCAUUCCACUGCCAAAGUCCUCCAAUCCCAAGCGCAUCGAGGAGAACUUCAAGAUAUUCGACUUCCAACUGGAUGCUGAGGAUCAUGCCGUUCUGGAUUCCUACAACACCGGAGAACGUCUGAUUCCGAUGACCCACGCCAUCAAGAGCAAGAACUAUCCAUUUAACAUCGAGUUUUGAGCUGGAAAGCAGGAGCAAUGUUUGAUAUUAAAGUGGUUGUUAAAUCUGAUAUUUUGUGUAGAUAUAUAUUUUUUAAAAAUAUACACCAAUAAUAAUUAUUUUUGA